UCCGAUGACAGUCGUAAUGCCAAAGAAAGAGUUAGAAACAAAGGAACCGGUUAAGAAAAAGAAUGCAGGGUAUGUAAAGGAAGUGGUGACUUAUAUGGUGAUGGAUGAUUUAGUGGUGAAACCAAUGUCCACCAUUUCUAGCAUUACCCUCAUUAAUAAGUUUGGUGUGAAGGAUCUGAGUCAACUUGAAGAAAAGACUGUUUCUUUUGGAAAAGAUGAGGGUCUGAAGCUCUUGGAGGCAUCUCUGAAGACCAAGAAAGUGCUGACAACUAUCUUUAUGCAUUAAAAUAUAGUUAUGGAUCUGGUUUAUGAAAGUCUUUUGAUGUGUUUCUAUUUGAUGGUGGUAUGUAUGUGAGUCCCCCUUGUGGAUUAGAACUUAGUUAUCUUCUUUUGUCCACCACCCGAAGGUAAUGACUUAUCAUUUUAAGAUGAAA